CCUUGCCCACAAUACCGCCAACCCUCCCUCAUUACUCUUUCUCUCUCUUUUUUACUGAUUCACUUUCUUGUUGAUUCACAUUUUCAUCAGUUUUUUCUGAUCUGGGUUUUGUUUUCUGCAACUUGUCUAGGUGUUUCACUUAGAAACCAGAAGAAACUUGUUUGUUCGCUAGUGACAGAAUUUGGGUUUUUGCUGUUUGAUCAAACCAAAGUUAUAGGAGUUCAAAAUUUUUGAUCCUUUUUUAUGUUUUGGGCAUUCAAUAGUUGUAUUCAUACCUAAGUAAAGACAUUCAGGGGUUUAUUUCUAAAGUUGUUUUAAUUUUUCCCAACAUCUCCUUUACAAUUUAUUGACAAUUUUUCUGUGAUCAAAACAGAGGGUUUUUGGAGUGUACUUUAACACACUUUCUGCAAUUCUUUCAAGGGUUUUAUAAUGGAGGCUUGUUAUACAACCUUGCAAGCCAAUACCCAUUUGGUGAAACUUGGCAAAGGAGGAGGAAUUGAUAAUGGGUUUUGGGGAGAGAAGAUCAGAGAAGGAGGGAGUUUAAUGAAUAGUAAAAGGGUUUUGAAAAAAAGUAAUUUUUUGAAGAGUGAAUAUGGAAAUAGUAGAACGAUUAAAGGAAAUGGUGGUAUUGGUGUUGUUUCAUCUGUUCUUACUGCAGAUCAUGUCACCAAAGAGACAAUGACCCAUCAAGUACCAGUAUUUGAAAAGAAAACAGUAGACCCAAAAAGUGUAGCUUCAAUCAUUUUGGGUGGAGGGGCUGGAACUCGCCUUUUCCCUCUUACUAUGCAAAGAGCCAAACCUGCUGUCCCAAUUGGAGGAAACUACAGGCUUAUCGAUGUCCCUAUGAGCAAUUGCAUCAAUAGUGGCAUAAACAAGAUUUUCGUUCUUACUCAGUUCAAUUCUGCUUCCCUGAAUCGUCACCUUGCUCGCACAUACAACUUAGGGAAUGGUGUGAAUUUUGGAGACGGAUUUGUUGAGGUCCUGGCUGCGACUCAGACACCAGGGGAAACAGGAAUGAAGUGGUUCCAAGGAACAGCUGAUGCUGUGAGACAGUUCACAUGGGUUUUUGAGGAUGCGAAGAACAAGAACGUUGAGCAUAUAGUGAUCUUGUCUGGCGAUCAUCUUUACAGAAUGGACUACAUGGACUUUGUGCAGAAGCAUAUCGAUACCAAUGCAGAUAUUAGUGUUUCGUGCAUACCUAUGGAUGAUAGCCGUGCAUCAGAUUUUGGAUUGAUGAAAAUUGACAGUUCUGGUCGCAUCAUCCAAUUUGCAGAAAAACCAAAGGGGGCUGAUCUGAAAGCAAUGCAAGUUGACACUACUGUCCUGGGGUUGUCUCCAAAGAAAGCCAGUGAAUCUCCAUACAUUGCGUCUAUGGGCGUUUAUGUAUUUAGAACUGAUGUUUUACUAAAGCUCCUGAAGUCGAGGUAUCCCACUUCAAAUGACUUUGGAUCUGAAAUCAUUCCAUCAGCUGUAAAAGACCUCAAUGUCCAAGCAUAUCUAUUCAAUGACUAUUGGGAGGAUAUUGGAACUAUUAAAUCUUUCUUUGAUGCUAACAUGGCACUUGCUGCACAGCCUUCGAGUUUUGAUUUUUCUGACCCAAAGACACCUUUCUUUACAUCUCCACGAUUCUUGCCACCAACCAAAGUUGAAAAAUGCCGGGUAUGUGGGUUCACAUAUAAUCAAAAUUUUCCCGUUCAUUUAUCUUUCACUUCUCAUGUUUGUUUUGCUAUCCUCUUGCAGAUCCUAAAUUCAAUAAUUUCACAUGGAUGCUUCCUACAAGAAUGUAGUGUGCAGAAUUCAGUCGUGGGUGUCCGCUCUCGUUUAGAGUAUGGGGUUGAGUUACAGGACACCAUGAUGAUGGGUGCCGAUGAAUACCAAACAGAAUCUGAAAUUGCAGCACUUCUAGCAGAUGGAAAGGUUCCAGUUGGUGUGGGACAUAAUACCAAAAUCAGGAAUUGCAUAAUUGACAAAAACGCCAGGAUAGGAACAGAUGUGGUCAUUGCAAAUAAGAGCGGUGUUGAAGAAGCAGACAGGCCAAAUGACGGAUUCUACAUUAGGUCAGGGAUCACAGUUAUACUUAAGAAUGCAACAAUCAAGGAUGGGAUGGAGAUAUGAAGUAAAUAGCAGCUGAUGUGGCUUCCAUAGAAUCAAGGAUGGGAUUGAGGAGUGAAGGUACCAUGGAUGUGGGUACUGAAGAAUCUGACUAGAGAGAAUUGUGCUUAUAUCGUAUUUCUUGCUGAUUCACUCCAUUAAUGCUGUUUUAAGGUGCAUGUAUAUUAAAAAUAGGUUCUUACUAGGAGAGACUAAUGAAUAAGAACUCCAGCAGAUGGAGUAUAAUGUACUUUAAAUAAAUCGCAUCAUCACUGGUUAGGUUGUUUCUGUUCUUUUUCGGCCCCUAUCCAUCGGGCACAAAUAGGUUAUUCUUAAACGCUUUGCCACUUUAGAACUAGAGUUGUAACAGUAAAUGUGCCCUUCCUCUGAUCUAUAUAUGACAUUUAUAGUUCAUUUCUUUUUUUCU